CCGGGCUAGGUUCGGCCUGGGCACCACCCCGCGAGGAGCCGUACCGCCCGCGACGCCAUGCGAGCUCUCUCGCCUCUGCUGCGCAUCGGCUGGGGUUGUCGCGCGGGCCCCCUCGUCAUUGCCCUCCUGCCGAGGGUAGCGAGCGCAAGGCCCGGUUCCCGCCGCACCAUGGCCCUGUACCGCACGGAGGAGCGCGGCCAGCCCCCCUCGCCCGGUUAUCGCCUCUUCUUCAAGAAUGAAGCUGGUCACUAUAUUUCACCCUUUCAUGAUAUUCCUCUGAAGGUGGAGUCUAUAGAGGAAAAUGGCAUUCCUACAAAGAGAGCACGAAAUGAUGAAUCUGAGAAUUUGUUUAAUAUGGUUGUUGAAGUACCUCGGUGGACAAAUGCUAAGAUGGAGAUUGCCACGAAGGAGCCAUUGAAUCCCAUUAAACAAGACAUAAAGGAUGGCAAGCUACGCUAUGUGGCGAAUAUCUUUCCUCACAAGGGUUAUAUAUGGAAUUACGGUGCCCUCCCUCAGACGUGGGAAGAUCCCCAUCGAAAAGAUAAGAGCACAGAUUGCUGUGGAGAUGACGAUCCUAUUGAUGUUUGUGAAAUAGGCUCAAAGGUUCUUUCUCGUGGAGAGGUUAUUCGUGUGAAGAUCCUUGGAAUUUUGGCUCUUAUUGACCAGGGGGAAACAGAUUGGAAAUUAAUUGCUAUCAAUGUGAAUGAUCCUGAAGCCUCCAAGUUUCAUGAUAUUGAUGAUGUUAAGAAGUAUAAACCAGGUUAUUUGGAAGCUACACUUAAUUGGCUUAGAUUUUAUAAGGUGCCAGAAGGAAAACCAGAAAACCAGUUUGCUUUUAAUGGAGAGUUCAAAAACAAGGCUUUUGCUCUUGAAGUUAUAAAAUCUGCUCAUGAAUGUUGGAAAGCAUUGGUUAUGAAGAAGUGUGAUGGAGGGGCAAUAAAUUGCACAAACAUGCAGGUGCGUGAUAGCCCUUUCCAUUGCACUCAGGAGGAAGCAAGAGCAUUCGUCGAAUCGGACAAGACCAAGGGACAAAAGUUGUGUCUUCGCCGGGAGCCCAGGCCCUUUAUUGUGGACCACCUUCUGGUUCCUCAGGACCCUGGAAUUCUUUGCCUUGACAGCUGCAGGCCUAUUUUCAGGUAUCAUCUUCAAUAAAGAAAGAAAGUAAUGAGGAAGAGCAAGUGUGGCACUUCCUUGGCAAGCAAUGGGAGCAUUUGAAGCUCUGCCAUCAAGACUUCAGUUUCUAAGGGCUUCCAGGCUCCGCCUCCCUCAAGUGCGAGAGAUAAGCUGAUCUAUGAGAAUCUGAUGACUUUCUGCUGAAACUUCAUUUUUUCCCAAACUUUCUGAAAUAUGUACUGUUUAAAUAAACACUGGAAUUUUUGAAUUAGUCUCUUCCAGAUAUUUACUGAUGUGAAAAAGAUCUAAUUUUAGAGCAAAAAUUUAGAAGCAUCAAGUUUCGACUGGUUCAGAUUUCCAUGCCUGAAGGAGCCCAAAGAUUUUAUUGGCAUUUGUUUUUAUAGGCUAAUGUAAAAUUACAAAGUUAGUACAUUAGUAAGAUUUCUGUAGAUAUUAUUGUUUUUAUUUUCAUACCUUAUUAUCUCUUUUCAAGUCCAUUGCUGGUAGAGACUUCAUUUAGCCAAUUUCUGUCCACUUAUUAGUCCUGUGUAAAUGUGUUUACAUUUUAAGGCUCUUCCCUGUAAUUUAUUGUUUUAGAGGGUCCAGUCUCUGUGUGAGUCUCAUCUGGUUUCCUUAGUUCUGACUCUCUGUGGUGACGACUCCCACAUCCACCUAAGAGGCCCAUGUCUUUUUUCCUGGGAUCUGCCUACUGGACGCCUCUUCAGAUCCAUGUGACCCCUCUGAUCCAAGACUCACCUCAUGUUAAUUCCUUUGUUCUUCUUAAUUCUUUUGUUCUUGAACAGUGUAAUUAACAUUCUCCAAGUCCUCCACUCAAACCCUUGAACGUGUCUUCUAUGAUCUU